UGACGUCACGUCCUUCCCGUGGUGCUUUGCGAACCCAAAUUGAAUGCUCGGUCAAGAAUACAUUUGUAUUCUGUUAAUUCCGUAUUUUAAAGACAUUAAAGAAGACGACGCAUCACUGUUUGACACUCCUGGACAAAAAGUGUUCAGCAGCACUGAAAGGGGAGAGCGGAUUGGAGAAAGGUAUGAUGGAUCAGGACUAUGAGUGCAGGCUGCUCAGACAGAUUAAUAUCCAAAAUGAGAAUGCAAGCCCUGUAAAAGCUGUGGGAGCGGUGCGAUCUCUGACACCCACCAGCUCCCCCCUGUCCUCUCCCAGCAAGCACGGCGAUCGCUUCAUUCCCUCCCGGGCGGGAGCCAACUGGAGUGUCAACUUCCACCGCAUUAAUGAAAUUGAAAAGUCACACAAUCAAAAUAGAAAAACCAAAGAUGGCACAACCGACAGCAACAAAGCGGAUGGUCUAGCUUACUCUGCUCUGCUGAAGAACGAGCUGCUAGGAGCGGGUAUUGAGAAAGUCCAAGACCCUCAGUCUGAGGACCGCCGAUUGCAGCCAUCCACUCCUGCCAAGAGGAGCCUUUUUAGUUAUUCUGUAAGUACGAAGAGGGCUCUACCAGAAGAAGAUGGAAACACAGUUUCCCCCUAUUCUUUAUCACCCGUCAGUAGCAACAGCCAAAAAUUGCUACGGUCACCAAGAAAGCCUACACGCAAGAUUUCCAAAAUUCCCUUUAAAGUUCUGGACGCUCCAGAGCUUCAGGACGACUUCUACCUCAACCUGGUGGACUGGUCCUCUCUGAACGUGCUCAGUGUGGGGCUGGGUACCUGUGUUUACCUGUGGAGCGCCUGUACCAGCCAGGUGACACGUCUUUGUGACCUCUCUGUGGAAGGAGAUUCAGUUACGUCGGUGGGCUGGUCAGAGAGGGGGAACUUGGUGGCGGUGGGCACUCAUAAGGGCUACGUCCAGAUCUGGGACGCGGCAGCAGGGAAGAAGCUCUCUGUGUUGGAGGGACACACAGCCAGAGUGGGUGCUUUGGCGUGGAACGCGGACCAGCUGUCGUCUGGGAGCCGCGAUCGUGUGAUCCUGCAGCGGGACAUCAGAGCGCCACCUCUGCAGUCAGAGCGCCGUCUCCAAGGGCACAGGCAGGAAGUCUGCGGGCUCAAGUGGAGCACGGACCACCAGCUGCUCGCCUCGGGCGGAAACGAUAACAAGUUACUUGUGUGGAAUCACUCGAGCGUGCUGCCGGUGCAGCAGUACACGGAGCACCUGGCUGCGGUGAAGGCCAUCGCCUGGUCGCCUCACCAGCACGGCCUGCUGGCCUCGGGGGGCGGCACGGCCGACCGCUGCAUCCGCUUCUGGAACACGCUGACCGGCCAGCCGCUGCAGUGCACCGACACGGGCUCCCAGGUCUGCAACCUGGCCUGGUCCAAGCACACAAACGAACUGGUUAGCACACACGGUUAUUCCCAAAACCAGAUCCUGGUGUGGAAGUAUCCCUCUUUAACCCAAGUGGCCAAACUCACAGGACAUUCCUACAGAGUACUCUACCUGGCCAUGUCACCUGACGGAGAGGCCAUUGUGACCGGGGCGGGAGACGAAACGCUUCGGUUCUGGAACGUCUUCAGUAAAAUGAGAUCCACUAAGGAAUCCGUCUCGGUGUUGAACCUCUUCACCAGGAUCCGGUAGUCUGCUCUGCAAGGCGACAGCAGCGGGAAGGGAAGUCAUCUCUGCAUGCAUCAAGUUGUAAAUCGGCCACCGUCACAGGGGGCUCCCUCCCCUCGACUUCCCUUAAAUAAUUUAGCCAUGUUUGUAGCGGAGGCCGGGAGGCGCUGCAGAGAUGCACAGUCAGAUUGUGGCGGGCUGAGGAGACGAGUUCAGCGCACACAGAGUAAAACCACUGCCUCUUCAAACAGACCUGUGAUCCCCGGCCGCGGGGAGGAUGUCGGAGCCGUCUGUGUGAUCGUUUUGUUUACAAACUGACUCUGUGCACACCUGCCAAAAUAUAUUGUGUCCUUUUGAUUGUCUAUUUAUUUUAUUUUUUAAUUUCUCUUUUUUUUUUUUUCUUCUUUUUUUAAAGAUAUAUUCAGAUAAUUGUGUCUGUUUGAAAGGCUGGUGGAUUUACUUUCAUGUCUGUAGCCGAAGUUUUCAGUCUUACCUCCGGACUAAGUCUGGAUUUGUUCAGCUUUGCUAAAAAGAUUUUUGUUUUUUUUGUUAUUUGUUCAGUUUUUUGGAGAGGUGCUGACUCGGACACGGACAUCGAUUGCAAAUAACAUAAACCAGUUGUGCUUUGAAAGCUCUAGACAGUCAAGGAUUUCAUAAAAAAAAUUGAAAAAGCCUUAUUUUUUAACCUCAGUUCGUUCUAGGAAGAAAAAAAAAACAUUCAGACAUUGUUACUUAAUAUCCUAAAUUAAAAAAAGAAAGGACUUGGAACACUGUACAUAAGAACAAUAUUACAGGAAUCAUUGCUAUGAAGCUAUAUCGUUUUUAGUGUGACAUGUAUGGGAUCAUUUUCCUUAUUAUCCUUGGGAUUUUUUUCCGUGGAUUAUUGGACAAGCAGCAUUAAGUAGUUUUUUUCAUCGGUGUACCUUGUAACCACAACUGAACCUGUGAGUAAAAACAAUAAUUAUCAAACCAGAGAAAUUAUGUUUGCAGAACUUCUGCUAUGUCUGCUGAGAUCUUAGACCUAUAGAGCGCUUCAGUCGUGCUUUUUUUUUUUUUCUGGACAUAUUUUACCGCAUCAUAUCACCUACUCCAUUGGUUUUCUCCCGGAGCGGUUCUUAAAGUGGGCUGUCAGGCUCACAUGAAAGACUUUUAUUUUUCUAUACAGAGAAGCGUGGUUGUUGAGAAAAGAUGAGCAGAUUUGCUGCAAACAUCUCAAUUUCAUUUCAGGCCACUUAAAACUUAUCCUGCCGAUGUAAAUUAUAGAAAGAUUGUUUGAGAGGGAAGAUUUUCUGUAACUCAAUCUGAUCAGCAAAUAAAUGCCCAUAUCUUGUCAAGUC